GUAGAAGUUGAGAAUGGCAGCAUCUCUUGUGUUAUGUUCGACGCAAUGUUUAUUUGUGUAGAUAUGUUUAUUUCAAAUAUGCAUACCUCGGAAGUCAGAGGUUAUUUUACAAGACUAACAUAAUUUUUGGAAUUUUCUGAGAUGACACAGAAAAAGAACAACUUCUGUAUAUCAGUCAAAAGUUUUUUAUUCUUUUUUGUGUAUUGCUAUGGGUAAUUGUUUGAAAUUGUGUGCAUCUUCGCCAGAAGAUGAUACACUAUUACCAGAGCAUCAAGACCAGGAUUCAUCUUCACCACCUACUCCUAUUGAAGAUCGGACAAUAGAACCUGUAUUCUUUGUGUCACCAAAUAUAGGAAGACCGAUUUCACAGCUAACUGAAGAUGAACAGAUUAAGAUUGCUAAAAGAAUAGGAUUCAUACAGCAACUUCCGACUGGUAUAUAUGAUGGGAGUAAUAAAAAUAAAGAAUGUGCUAUCUGCAUGGGAGAUUUUGUAUUUGGAGAUUCAAUUCGUUACUUGCCAUGUUUGCACAUUUAUCAUGCUCCUUGUAUUGAUGAUUGGCUAAUGCGUUCCUUUACAUGCCCAUCUUGCAUGGAGCCUGUAGAUGCUGCUCUACUGAGUACUUUUCAUACUGCAUAGAGAUUCUUAUGACUUGGUGUUGCCCUGAUUUGUUAUAUAAACAAAUUAGGUGAAGAUGUUGGUGUGGACAGUGGAGUGGUACUUCUGAAUUUCAUAAUAAUCUUUAUGGGAAAAAAAGAAUUGUAUUGAAAAGAGAGAAAUAUUUUAUUCGAAAGUUAUAUAAGUGAUCUGAUGAGAAAUGAAAGGAACUUAUAUAUAUCAUCAUUAUAGGUAUUGAACAAUUCUUAUAUGUUUAAAAUAUUUUAUUACAAAAUAUGGUUAAGAUGCUCUCAAAGCUAGUCAUGUAUCAUAUACCUAUAUGAAUUGAAACUUAAAUGUAGGAGGUAAAAUAUACCUGUGUCAUUCCAUGCCAAAAGUAAAUAAACUUCUUUAUGGCUUGUAGAUCUAGACAUUUGAAGAGUGUUAAAUUAUUCUUUUUUCUGUGAUAAAUUUAAUUACAUACUGUGUUAUUAAGACAUACUGUAGAAGUUUAACAAAUGUAUUUGUUUCUAUAUAUUGUUUUAAAAUCAAUUUAAGGAAAAAAUAGCAUCAAUAUUAUUUUGAUCAGUAGGUAUUUAUUUUAGAAUUUUGAUUUUAAAAGUGUUAAUAGGUCACUAUUUUUAAAAUGUUUAAAAUAUUGCUGAUUAUUUUUAAAUAUAUAUAUAUAUA